GAACGCGCGCCCGGUAAUUGGACAGCAAGGGUCUACCCGCCGCCAGAAAUGCGGGACCCGUUGAGCUCAAGGAAGACCACCACUGGCAUUGGUACAGCCUAGACGACCGCAAAUGGUUUCAUACCGGCCUGCAUGCCAACUCCGAGGCCAUACCGCCGCACGCCCACUUUUCACUGCUGCCGACGGUCGCGUGCGUGAUGCUUGAGCUCUCACGCUAGUGUCGCAAAACAACGCGACAGGGCUCGCGUCGCUAGGUAAUCAAACACCCCUUUCGACACACAUGGCAACUCCCGUGAUUCACCCAUGAACAUUUGCAAGCAUCGGCCAGACUGCACUUUUGCAGCUCCACCGCGCAUGUCCGCACCAAAACACCCACGUAACUGACCCCGAGUCUACAAACAACAUCCACUGCAAGCACCCAUCGACAUCCCUGCCAUCCCAACAUGGAUUCGAUGCCCACGCCCCCACCAGAGCGAGGCUCUUCGCCUGAGCCAUGGGCCACACCAGGCCUUGCGCUGAACGCAGUGCCGCAACUCGACCGCUCCGUAUCGACAGCCUCGAGCGUAUCGUCUCGUUCAGUGGGCUCCCGGCUUUCCGAGAGCGGCUUGCCGGGGAAGAGGCGGGGUUAUAUGCGGCCAGAGGGGACACAGUUUUCAGAUUCGGCGAAGAACAGAGAAAGCGUUAUGAACCUGGGAACCAUCGCACAUCUGCAGUAUUACUUUGCGAGGACUGGGCUGCUUGAUGCCGCCACCGGACGAGUAGCAAGGACUAGGAAGUCGGGCUCCAGAAGCCCUGGUGGCACCGAAGUGGGGGGCGACGUAGCCAUAUUGUCGCCUGUGUCGCCGUCUCUCGCAGCUUACGAUUUUGGAGAGAGUAUAGUUGAAUCGCCACGCGAUGAGACGGCCUCUAUGGACUGGGAAAUUGCCGAGCCCAUGAUGCUACCGCCUACCGUCAGCACUUACAAGCAGAAUCCCGUUUAUGUACCACCGCCCCCGGAUAUGACAGUACUGCGUCGCGAACUGCGCGAGGCGCUCGACGAAGCCAACAAGCAUCUGCAAGAGCUGGAGAAAGAAUUUAAUCGGGGUGACCCUGCAGCGAGCGGCGGUUCGGGUCCUCGCUCGGCGGAUGCAGCCGGCUGGCAUGAGAUCCAAGGUCUGAACCUAUUGGAUGUCUCCACUUUGGCUAUCAGAGCUGCAAAGAACUACUACACUGCACACGAAGAGCCACAGCGACUAUAUGCUAUCAAGGCAGAGCGCGAAAUUCGCAAAGAACUCUACGAAGUCUUGGAGGUGCUGAAACGUUUGGCUAUCCGGAAUUUUGCCAACGGUGUGCAGCCCUACGAAGUCACGCAGAUCAAACAAUGGAUAGAUGAUAUUGGCGACUUGCUCGACACUGAGGAAGAGAAGGAGCAGCUGGAGCAUGCGGAGCGGGAGAGUUGGGCCUGGCGUGAGGGCGACUGGUCAGGCCGGGAGCGUGAGAGGGAGCUGAUGUUCUUGAGGUCUUUUGAUAACGAUGCAAUCCCUCUGCCUGACUGGAUGGAGCCCACUGAGAGCAGUCCUCAAACACCGUUCCUGCUGUCUUUGCAGAACGGCCUUCGACUUGUCCACCUACACAACAGCCUGGUCAGGAAAUCACGUCGCCACUUUGGAGAGAUCAAACAGCACCAUACCGACACAGCGAAACCGUAUCGAUGUGCCGACAACCUGCGGUACUGGGUCAAGGCCGCAGAGCUCCGCUGGGACAUCAAAUUGGAUGUCGAUGUGCUUGGCAUCGUUCAAGGCAACGAAUUGGCUGUGUGGCGACAAUUUGAUGCUGCUGUUCUGGCGUGGUGUCAAGGCGUGCGCGAAGAGAUCACUUCAGAGUGGCUGAGGCAGAAGAACCAGCCACGCGCUCCGACUCUGCACAUUCGCAACCCCAGCAUCGAGGCGAGCGUGUAGGAGCAGAGGCCGAGAGCAGACGGACCUCGGUUGGAUUG